UAUGUAAUUGAAAUAUAAAUCUGAAUCUUUUUUAAUUUUUUUUAGUCAGUCCCGCACAAAUUAAUUCCUAAGAAUAAAAAUAAUGUAAUACGCGCCUCUCUACUCCAAGAAGUCUAUACAUAUAUAUACAAAUCAUAUUUUGUGUUUACACUUUACACGUUUUUCUUUCAUAACUCUCUCUCUCUCUCUCUCUCUCUUUCUCCCACACACACACACAAUUAUUAUUACGUUCACACACAAAAAUAUAUAUGUACGUUUUAUACGCAUAGGCGAUUUGGUUGUUUUGUGUGAUCAAAGGAGAGAGAAUUAAGAAGGUGUUGCAUUUCUCAUGAACUGUGGAUCAGUCGUGUUGGGCUUCUAUUGCUGGGGUUGGGAGUUUCUAACCGCUCUUCUUCUCUUCUCCGCCGCCCUCCGCCUCCACCUCUCCUCCUAACUCUCUCUCUCUCUAGAAAUAGUUAAAAGACUGACAUACAUAACAGAAUUGUGUAUAUAUGGAGGCAGGAGAGCGAGAGAAGGCGGUGUUGGAAUACGUGAGGAAGGCGUCGCCGCCGCCGUUCCUGCUGAAGACGUACAUGCUGGUGGAGGAUCCGGAGACGGACGACGUGAUAUCGUGGAACGCCGAUGGCACGGCGUUCGUCGUGUGGCAGCCGCCGGAGUUCGCUAGGGAUUUGCUGCCUACCCUCUUCAAACACAGCAAUUUCUCCAGCUUUGUUAGGCAGCUCAACACUUAUGGUUUUCACAAAGUUGCAACCAACCGGUGGGAGUUCAGCAACGACAUGUUCCGAAAGGGCAAAAGGGAGCAACUCUGUGAGAUCCGGCGGAGAAAGGCGUGGUCCAACAAGGCACAGCCGAAUGUACAAGCAGCGACAGCACCUCCACAGUCGGAGAACGAGGAGCAGCGGUCAUCAUCGACGUCGUCCUCAUCAGAAUUCACAACUCUCGUUGAUGAGAACAAGAGGCUUAAGAAAGAGAAUGGAGUCUUGAACUCGGAGCUGGCCUUCAUGAAGAAGAAAUGCAAAGAACUUCUUGAUUUGGUGGCGGUGCACGGCGGCGGCCGAGAGGAGGCCGAGCCCGAGGAGGGCCCAAAGCUUUUCGGAGUGAGAUUGGGAGUCAAGAGUGAGAAGGAGAAGAAGAGAAAGAGGGCUCAUGAAACAAGUAAGACUGCUGGAUUGCUCAUUCAUGCAAAUAAUUGAUGUUUGUGGUAUAGGAUUUUCAAGAAAAUUUAACGUUAGGGAAAGAAUCGAAUUGAGCAAAUUAUUUGGGUGAAAAAUUACCCAAUUAAGUUGUGUAAAUUUUUUUAUUGUGUCAUGCAAAAAUAUUGUGUGAGAAAGAAGAACUGUAAAGGGUACAUUUCAUAAGUAGCUACAUUUGCCAAUGUGAUAGAUAAAGAGUCUAAAAUUAGUUUGUAUACUUAUUUCAAUAUUAAUUUGAAAUAAAUAUCAAGGGGUUGUUGCUAA